ACAAACAAUUUUGCUUUAAUAAUGAGUGAAGAUAAUAUUGCUUCCUUUAGGAUUGAAGAGGAAGAGACUCCGUGUCGGCAAAGACCUAAUCAACGUCGAUCUACAUUUUUCCGAAGACGUUCAACGCUUCAGGUUCCGGGUGAGGAUGGAUUGAAGAAUGCGUGUGACAAUGAAAAUAAUGGCAUACAAGUGGAAGAAAGGAUUGAAAAUGUUGUUCCGGAUGAUCUUGAAAAGAAAACUGACGGGACACAGUUCGAUAUAGAGAAAUAUAUAGCUGAUCUUGAAGAAGAAAGAAAAAUUUGGAAACAAACUCUGCUGGAUCGGAAAAGGCAACAUAAAAGUAUCUCAAAACAAACAUCAAAUCUGCAGCGCUGUGAACAGGAUCUAGAUUUGAAUGUGUUAUCUGAGUCUGAGAGAACGUUUCUGCUUGUGCGACCAAACUACGAACACAUAUGUGAGAAAGCUAAAAAGUUACGUAUUAUGGCAGCCGAAACUAGAAUAUUUUGUAACCAAAUGACACAUUUGCACAACCAAUGCAUGUUAAGAGCCCGAAGAAAACUUGAUGCUCUCACAACAAAAAUUAUUGAUAUGGUGGAUUAGAUAUUUCAAUUGCUAUACAAGAAUUUAUCUACCGUUGGAUGUCUUUUCUAACUUAGUGUAAAUGGUCUUUAUAUAAUUAAAUUUUAUAUUGAGUAUGUCAAAAUUAUGGCACGUACACCACAUUUCUCAAAAAAGCCAAGAAAAUAAUUCCUCAGAUGAAAGAUUGUAACUUUUGUUGUGUGUAAAUAGUAAGCCAAUGUAUUCUACAAAACUAUCAA